AUGUCUCCGCCCGUCACCUCGGACCCCGUCUCGACGCCCCCCCGGCCCCCGACGCCGGUCCACGGCUUCGGCACCCUCGCCAUCCACGCCGGCUCGCCCCACGACCCUUCGACCGGCGCCGUCAUCGAGCCCAUCUCCCUCUCCACCACCUUUGCCCAAUCGGCCGUCGGCAAGCCCGUGGGCGACUACGAGUACUCGCGCUCCUCGAACCCCAACCGCACAAACUUUGAAAGUGCCGUCGCCGCCCUCGAGCAUGCCCGCUAUGCCCUCGCCUUCGCCAGCGGCAGCGCCACCACGGCCGUCAUUCUCCAGAGCCUUGCCGCCGGCAGCCACGUCAUCUCUGUCUCUGACGUCUACGGCGGCACCCAUCGCUACUUUACCCAGGUGGCCAAGGCCCACGGCGUAAAGGUUACUUUCACCCCUGAGAUCGAGGUCGACAUCAGCGAGCACAUCACCGACCAGACGCGCCUCAUCUGGAUCGAGAGCCCCUCCAACCCGACGCUCCGCCUCGUCGACAUCCGCGCCGUCGUCGAUGUCGCCCACCGUCACGGCAUCCUCGUCGUCGUCGACAACACCUUCCUCUCCCCCUACGUCCAGAACCCCCUCGACUUUGGCGCAGACAUUGUCGUCCACAGCGUCACAAAGUACAUAAAUGGCCACAGCGACGUCGUCAUGGGCGUCGCCGCCUUCAACAGCGACGAGCUCAAGGAUCGUCUCGCCUUCCUCCAAAACGCAAUCGGCGCCAUCCCCUCGGCCUUUGACGCGUGGCUCGCUCACCGUGGCCUCAAGACCCUCCAUCUCCGCGCCCGCGAAGCCUCGCGCAACGCAGACGCCGUCGCGCACGCCCUCGAGGCCUCCCAACACGUCAUCUCCGUCAACUACCCGGGCCUCGACUCCCACCCCCAUCGCCACAUCGCCAAGAAGCAGCACCGCGACGCCAUGGGUGGCGGCAUGGUCUCCUUCCGCAUCCGCGGCGGCCACGCUGCCGCUGAGCGCUUCUGCCAGGUCACCAAGAUCUUCACCCUCGCCGAGAGCCUGGGCGGCGUCGAGUCUCUCGUCGAGCUGCCUAGCAGCAUGACUCACGCCGGCAUCCCCCGCGACCAGCGCGAGGCUGUCGGCGUCUUUGACGACCUCGUGCGCCUGAGCUGCGGCAUCGAGGACGCCAACGACCUCAAGAACGACGUCCUCCAGGCCCUCCAAGUCGCCGUCAAGCACUCGGCCGCAAACGGCGUCGCCAAUGGCGUCAACGGCCAAUGA